AUACUAAGUUCUUCUAAAGCAACGAAAAGAAGCACUUGCAGUGAUGAAAAUUCUGCAAAAAAUCCUGCUAAUUCCGCUGCUCUUAGCAAACAUCAAAAUUGCAUCUUCUCAUUGGUGGAAUUCCUCUGCUAAUUACUUGCACGCCAGAUCGCCUGUGAGAACGGUGAAUAAUAAUGGCAUUCGGAUGACUGAGGGAGGACAUGUGGACUUAUGGCUUCUGAGGAUCAUGAAUGGUGAUGAGUUUGUUUGCGGAGCCUCCUACUUCAGUGCACUUUACGCGCUGACUUCUUCGAAUUGUAUGCAUGCCCACAAGUCAAUGUUGAGAUCACUCAGCGUUGAGUUUCUAAUGGAACAGAAUAAUCAGGAAUCUGCAGGGGAGUCUUCCGUUGCCGGAAUCCAAGCCGUUUUUGUCUCGAAGGAGUGGAGCUGGCCCGAAACCUACAUGGAUGUGGCUGUGCUGAAAUUAACCAACCGACUGCGUGGCAAUCAUUUUGCGAAACUCUGCAGCAAGCCUCUGAGUUCCCACAGCAGCCUUUCUGUGGUCGCCUGUGGAGGUCCUACUGAAAAUAUACGAUCCGAAGGGAUCACCGUGCUCAAUCGAAUGAACUGCGAAUCGAAUUACGGCAGAGUUAUCCUGGGCGAGACGAUCGCCUGCGCCAAGGAAUUCAAAAAGAGCCCAGGCUGCAUGUUCGAUCCCGGAUGUCCGGUGUCUUCUGGCCAGGAGCUCUGCGGAAUUGUGGCUUGGGGUCCUGCCUGCAAAAGAGGCGGAUUGCCCGGAAUCUUCACCGAUAUCCACCAGGUUAGGAAGUUUAUUUUAAAGGUAACAAGUGGAAGGGGCAGGAACCGUAGCCAUCGACAAUCACACGACACUCCCGAGUGGCAUUCUGGUUUUUGGUGAGCCGCUAAAAAUUAUAAUACCAUCUACAAAAUUCGGUUUAAAAGUAUAGUAAGUAAAUUUACUAAGUAAUAAAUACAUAUUGAUACAUUUUGUAAAAAAAAAAAAGAUAUAGGGAA